AUUUCGAUCUAUAGUAAACCUGGAAGAUCUGAAAUGGCUUUGGGUGGUAUUUGAUGAAUACGUCUGCCACUAACAUUCUACGCACAUGGUAUACGGGGCGAGAAAUUCUCCAUGUCUCUCUCAUUAACGAACACGACCGACCCGACUUGUCACACUAAAAUUCGACCUGCAGCAAUGCAGCACUCCGGACAUGUCAACCCGUCCUGGCAUCCAUCAUCCAACAUCCGUGUGCUCAUUAACCUAGGCCGGCAGUCGGUUAUGCAAAAAUAGCAAGCUCAUUUUAGCUACGGAUACCUAGGUUAAACUUAUGUUAAGACCAAAGCACUGUUGGUCCGUUGGGCCAUGGAAGAUUUGCGAUCUCCAAAAGGUCGGACGAUACGCGUGAGCCGUUUUGCCUUGAGCCUCGGCUCGACAGCGCCUAGCUUGAAGUGUCGGGGGUUAGGGUUAAAGUUGGUAACCACCACCACCAAUUGACAAGGAUCAAGGCUUCAAACUAGCAGCCAGGAAGUUCCCCGCGUGAAUUGGUCCUGUGGCUCGAAUUCGGCGACGCGACGGGCUGGAUUACUUGCAAGGAUGCGAAAGCUUGCUAUUUUUCGAUCGUUUUUGAUAACCCAUCAGAUCAGAACAAAAAAGAAAAAAGUUCCGAACAAAACAGACCAAAACACUACUAGGCCUAGCACUAGCCUAAGCGUUUACAGCAGAAGAAACAGCAAGGAUCCAGUCGCGAAUUUUCUAGGUAGCAAAUUGACUUUUUCAAUAUCCGAAAAGCGUCCAAACGCAACGACGACCCAAGGCAAUCGACCGUCGUGCUGCAUCUCAUAGCCGUCAAGAUGUCGUCCAUCAGGCGGACAGUCCAUGAAUCUCUACCAUACGUCGACCCGGACCCUACGCCAACUCAGCGCGCCGCAGCAGAAGCCCUCGUCGCAGCCGAACUCGAAGCAUCAUCAGCGACUGCCACCGCUCCACACCCACACCUGCCGCCAGCCUAUACGCCAAACUUCACACCCGCCAUCGCCGCCGAGCUGGACCGCAUAUCCUCAUCCGCCGACUCGAGCAGGCCAACCAAGCUCUCCGCCAUCGACACGAAGCGGUACGAGCUCGACGACGACGACGACGAGGAAGAAGGCCGACCGGCGCCGACAGCAGACUCCCUAGCCUCGACUUUGUCAAAGGCCUACACCUCAGCGACCCACAUCCGCCUGCGCCGCCACCACCUCGCGCUCCUCGACGCACCCGAGGGCCGCAACGCCUGGCUCGUCGCCAACUGGCAGCUAGAGGGGGAACUGCGCGCUCUCGAGGCGGAGCUAGCCGCCGCGAAGCGCCAGGUCGACAUCCUGGCCAUCCAGCGCCGGAGGGCUCAGGAUGACGUCGCCGGCGAGCUGAGGGGUCUCGAGGAUAGCUGGAAGAGGGGGGUCGGCCAGGUCUUGGAGAUCGAGGUCGCUACCCAUAGGCUGAGGGCAGAGGUCGAGGCGAGGAGGAACGAGGCGUUGGCCGCGCAGGCUGCCGCUGGGGCGUGAAAAUGUCCGAUAGUAAAGGUGAAACAAAUUAAGUGGCGAUGUUGGAUAUGUUCUAGUUCCUUAAUGAUCAUGUAACAAGCUCGGCGACUCAAAGCUGCCGAGAUAUUCUAGACUGUAAAAGCACGCGUUCGAAUGCAUAAUUAGAAAGCGCGAAAUGUCACAGACGUUCAACCUACGGUUUUAG